CAGUCCACCGGGCAUUAACCCCCAUGUUGGCUCUGUUUCCUGCUGCGCAGCCUGACGCCUGAGCAGAGCCUCCAUGAAUCACAUGAUAAAGCUACGCUGACUGGCUAGCUAGCUAGCGAGCUAACAUGCUAGCUCCGGUUAUCAGAGGCGCUGUCAACAGCCACAGACGGACGGAGUAACAAACCCAACUAAAGAAAAGGGACUCGUCUUCUUUCCUAUUUCAAGAUAUCGAGUCAUUAAAUUUCCACCCAAUAAGUCACAGGGGUUUUGGCAUCCUCAAGGCUCAUCGGCCAAGCAAGUCCUCCAUCAGCGUGGGGAUAUCGACGGGCUGAGGUUGUGGACUCUCAUGGGCAGGAUGGAUAGACGAUAAAUAAGACAUCAACUUCAGAGGUACACGUUGAUUUCGUAAUGACAAGCUGCUGUGCAGAAGAUGUCCACGCUGUCUGUGACUGAUAUCCCAGAUGUUGGUCAUGAUGAGAGUAAGGUGUUUGACGGGGCCUCUGAGCUGCAGCUGGACUGCAUGGUUGAGGAGAGCAGCGGAAGCACCACAAUGAAGCAUGACGGCCUGCUGUCGCUGGCUGACCUCUCCCAGCCAGACGACUUCCCCGCCCCCCCCCAUAACGGCCCUUCACUGACUGACAUGAGCAGCCCACUGCCAAUAGAGCCCAGUGACAUUAAGCUGGAUCCGUCUGCAGGUGACACACCUGCCAGCACAGAUGGUCAGCCGGUGAAGAGAAAGAAGGGACCUGCGCCGAAGAUGCUGGGCAACGAGGUGUGCAGCGUGUGUGGUGACAAGGCCUCUGGUUUCCAUUACAACGUGUUGAGCUGCGAGGGCUGCAAGGGCUUCUUCCGACGCAGCGUCAUUAAAAGCGCCCAGUACAACUGCAAGAACAACGGCCGCUGUGAAAUGGACAUGUACAUGCGGCGCAAGUGCCAGCAGUGCCGCCUGCGCAAGUGUCGGGAGGCGGGCAUGCUGGAGCAGUGUGUGCUCUCUGAGGAACAAAUCAGACUGAAGAAGAUGAAGAAGCAGCACGAGGAUGAAACGGCCCGCACGUCCACAGUGGUCACCCCCACCCCUCUACAGGAAACGGUCACGCUGGAGCCACAGCAGCAGGAGAUGAUUGAGAAGCUGGUGUCCAUGCAGAAGCAAUGCAACAAGAGGUCUUUCCUCGACCGACCCAAAGUGACGCCGUGGCCACAGAGCCAGGACCCGCAGAACCGAGAAGUGCGUCAGCAGCGGUUCGCCCACUUCACUGAGCUGGCGAUCAUGUCAGUCCAGGAGAUCGUGGAUUUUGCCAAGCAGCUUCCCGGUUUCCUGGAGCUCACGAGGGAGGACCAGAUCGCUCUACUGAAGACGUCAACCAUUGAGAUUAUGCUACUGGAGACGUCUCGGCGGUACAACCCUACUAUCGAUAGCAUUACGUUCCUGAAGGAUUUCAGCUAUAAUAAGGAGGAUUUCGCAAAAGCAGGGCUUCAGUUUGAGUUCAUCAACCCCAUCUUUGAGUUCUCAAAAGGAAUGAACGACCUGCAUCUGGACGAGGCAGAAUACGCCCUGCUCAUCGCCAUCAACAUCUUUUCUGCAGAUCGGCCAAAUGUGCAGGAUCACGAUCUGGUGGAGAGACUGCAGCAACCCUAUGUGGACGCACUGCGCUCUUACAUCAUGAUAAAGAGACCAAAUGAUCAUUUGAUGUUUCCCCGUAUGCUGAUGAAGCUGGUGAGCCUUCGUACACUAAGCAGCGUCCACUCGGAGCAGGUUUUUGCCCUUCGCCUCCAGGACAAGAAGCUUCCCCCGCUGCUCUCUGAAAUUUGGGACGUCAAUGAGUGACUGCAAACCUGAUGUCACACUCUUUUUGAAGCCUAAGACAUCACAGACAUGAUAUCCAGCAGGAACACGGACUCCUUUCUGCCCAUCUGGUCAGGAACUGGUUAUAGCAGUGAGAUUGCUUUUCUCUCGUGGGAGGAGAGUAUCGUCGCCCUUUGCUCUCAAACUGACUGCUAAAUGGUUUUGUGUUCAUAAGGACAAACAUGAACACCUAGUUGAGCCUUUUGUUGUUCUUACCUUUGUGUAGAUGCUGACAUGAUUAUGGCGAUAUUAAAUACCAGCAUCAGGCUCUUUAGCCAGUUUUCUCUGAUUUUAAUAUUUGUUGAAUGUCAAUUUCUAGUGCGGUUCUAUAUUCAUCCUCUAACAGUUAUAAUCUGAGCAGGUCUUGGCUGCCUCUAACAUCAGGAUUACAGCUGCACAUUCAGUUGAAAUAGUGAUUUUUGCAGUCGUGCAAUAGGUGGAAACGGAUACAGAGUUAAAGGAUAACUUCGGUAUUUUUCAACCUGGACCCUAUUUUCACAUUUUUGUAUCUAAGUGACUAAUGAGGACAAGAAUUUCUGAAACUGGUUCAGUAUUGAGGGAUAACGCAAAACGAGCUGCGAGGGCAGUGAGCAGCGUCAGUGUAACGUUACGUCCACUAAAAGUGCUUGUCUUUGCCACUGACGGGCUCAGAUUGUUACUAUAAGUGUCUGACAACAUUAUGGAAAGGACCCGACAGAGAAAAGCAAAGUUUUUCUUACCUUUUGCUUGAUCCAGUUUAGAGCUGUCGCAAUAUCUGCAAUACCGUGCUAUUGACAAGCCGACCGCAGGGCAACCGCCACAGUUGCUAUGUUCACAUUUUUUUUUAAUUCUUUGCAAUGGGAACGCCACGUAUUUAUACUGUGCUACAAACACCAGCAGUGUGACGAGGCGCUGAGCGCUGCACGUUUGGGUUUUUUUUUUCUAGUCACCGAGAGUUGAAAAAUGUUCAAUUUUGGUUAAAAUGCUGCACUGUCACUUUUUUAUCCAGUAGU